AUGCGAUAUCACAAAGCCCAUCUUUCAAGACGUUUAAUCCUUGAUAUGAGUGCCGAUCAAGAAAAAGAAGAGGCUAUGGUCAACAAGCUCAGAGAGUGUGGUAUGCCCGCUGAAUACGUAAACAAACUUUUCCGUAUGUUGCAAGAUAUUGAAGUCAACAAAGACCUCAACUCUAGCUUCAAGAAGUCGCUAGUGGGAGUGAAUAACAAUAAAACGUUAUCAGAUCUUAUCAACAUCAAAAUUCUCAAUGGAGGAGCAUGGGGACGAGGAGGUGUUGGAUCUGAACGUGUGCGGGUGUCGCUACCUAGGGAAUUGGAGGAACUAGUUCCAGAGAAGCAGCAUAAUGGCAGAAAGUUGAAUUGGAUGCAUCACUGGAGCAGCGGAGCGAUCAUAUUUGGUACGUCAAAUGGUGGCAGAUUUGAUCUCGAAGUUACUACUUUUCAAAUGGCUGUGUUGUUCUGUUGGAAUGACCGUGCUCAAGAAAAAAUUUCAUUCGAAUCGUUACGAUUAGCGACUGAACUUCCUGACACGGAAUUAGCCAAAACGCUAUUUGUGAGUUGUAGGGAGAAACGCCACUCCUUAGUUGCAUAUCCGAAGAUGAAAUCUCAAAUUCUACUCUGUGACGCACCCUUUCCUAUAAAUCCACGAGAUUUUACCGACUCAACAGUUCUAGUAACAUACCUGCAGAAUGGCAAAGAACAGCACAGAGGACGUAUCAACCUGAUUGGCCGGCUACAGCUUUCAAUGGAAUCAUCAGCUUCGAAAGAACAUGAGGAUAUAGUUGCCCUGAGAGAGUUUCGCGUUCAAGAGGCAGCUGUUAAGAUUAUGAAAAUGCGGAAAACAAUCACAUCAGCUCAGUUGCAAACCGAGUUGGUGGAGAUGUUGAAACCAAUGUUUAUUCCAAAUCGUAAACUGAUUAAGGAACAGAUUGACUGGCUCAUCGAUAAUCGGUUUGUUCAACCUUCUAAGAAAGGGUUUAUCGAACGAAAGGACGACGACAUCAAUACGUUUGUCUAUGUCUCAUGAUA